AUGACUACCCCCGAAGAUGCGUUCCAGCAGCUUGCGGGUGUCUUUGCUUCCAGAGGCAACAAGAUCCUCGAGAUCGAAAUUAUCCCUUCGAGUCUCGGUUCCUCAUUUCUUCAGGAUGGAUGCUUCAUUGGCAUCACAAAGAAAGCUCUAGUCCGGGCCUUCACGGUUGCACGGCACCUCUUUACUAAACGUCUCCUGCCAAUGACAGAUGAUGACCUGCGCGCCAGCCUCGAGAAGAAGGAAGACAAGAGUGAUCUGGCAUCAGAUCUUGUCGUCACUGAAAUAAUGCUCCUCUUCGAUUGCGAGCAUCUGACUGCUUGUAACUGGCGCAAGCGCCGGCUGCUGGCAGCCGCAGCGCAGUGUCUCAAUCACACAGACCCGACCCUGGCGAAAGCGCAGCUAUUUGACGCGGAGCUUACGCUACUCAGAUCCUAUCAGUGCUCACCUCUACACCGUCAUACAAAGUCUCCUACUCUCUGGUCCCAUCGACUAUGGGUAUUGGACCAGUGGUUGCAGGCCGAACCACGAAGCGCAGCGGCCCUGUUCAGUCUCGAGCGGGCGGAACUAGAUAUCGUGCUGCGAGCUGCAGAGCGGCACCCCAAGAAUUACUAUGCAUUUACCUAUAUGCGCGGGCUGCAGACAAUGCUUGAGAAUCGCCCUGAUGGAAAGAGCCACCCGAACUGGGCGGCGGAGUGGACCACACGCUUGCUCAACCCUGUACUGAACUGGUGUCUAGCCAAUCCACGGGAUAUAUCGGGCUGGGCCUUUGGUCUUUAUUUGCUUCAGCGUGUUCCCGAACCGGCGCUCCGAGCCGAUGCGGUGAGCAGAGUGCUUCAGUUUGCGCGAGAUGUUGGAUGGGAUGGCGAGAGCCUGUGGACAUUUGUGGACCUUGCAGUCCGCCAAUUCGACCUUGAGAGUGUGAUAGCGGCAGUUUUCCCAUGUGAUCGGGAGCCGACGGCAUCUAUAUCCCGUCCAAGCACACAGUCCCCAGCAAGUACCUCGAAGUGGGCGUGGAAAGCCCGACUGGAGCGGGCCCAGGCCUACUGGGGCGCUUAUGGAGCAACGCAAUAA